AUGAGUUCAACGUCUGACAAGUUUACUACGUAUACAGAGUACGCUCGAAUGUCCCUACUGCGGUUAAAUAUCGUACGAGGGCUUUUGGAUGAGCUCAAAACCGCCAUAGUAAUUCGUGGCAUCUCCGAUCCUCAAGUGAAAGCCGCGGCUACCAACGAUAAACUGCAGCCAAAAGAUUUGGUCGAAUUUUUGUCCGUGUACGUUAAACCUAAGAAUACGCAAAGUGCUACCGGUAAUCCCAUACGCUCGUCAGCUGCUGAAACGUCCAAUCCUCGUAACUAG